AUAAGGAGUGUGUCGCACUGAUGUUUCCCAAGGCCUCCGAGAGACCAAUACUGGCUACAUUGUUUGAGGUCUUCGAGUUCGGCAAAAGCGGCGACCCCCCCAAGACCCUAAGCUUCUAGGAGUCUUCAUUCCCUAUGUCCCAGAUGUCGUGAUGUAUUUCGCGUCAGCCUUAGGGUACAAGGACUUGGUGAUGGAUCUGCUAUCGCAAGGCGCUAAGACAGAGACCGACCUGCACGGUUGCUUCACAAGGAUACCUAGAUCAGCCCUGGUGCAAGCUUGCUUCGAGGGCCAUUUGUCUAUAGCUAAGUACUUGAUUGAGAAAGGAGCGGACGUCAAUGCAAGGUCGGCAAACCGUGAGCUGUGCACGUACGCACUAGAUAGCGCCGCUAUGGGAGGGCAUGCCUCGAUCGUCGACCUCCUCCUCCAGAACGGCGCCGACGUUAACGCCAACGGGCGGAUGGGGCCCGCACUGCAGAUCGCCUGCUAUCACGGCAACAAAGCGAUCGCCAAGACGCUAGUUGACCACGGCGCCUCGCUCACGUGCGGCGACGGCUGCGAUGGCGGCCCUGUGCAAGCAGCCCUGCGGGGCGAUGACAUGGAGCUGCUGCAAUACAUCGUGGGCGCCGGCGCUGACAUUAACCUGCCUGUGGGUCCAAGCUGCCCGUACAUCAGCGACGACGUCAUCGUCUCCGGGAGUGCCAUCCAAGCCGCCGUCGCGAAGUCCGACCGGAAAAUAGUCGACUGGCUGCUCGACCACGGCGCAAACGUGAACUUGUGCGGUCCCGCCUUCUCCACCGGCCCUCUUUCCAUUGCGGCUAAGCGCGGAGACAUCGAUAUGGUCCGCCGGGUCAUGGAGGCCGGUGCCGAUAUUAGCCAAGAUGGCGUGGGCUUCUUCGCACCGCCUGCACUCUUUGAAGCCGCGAGGGCUGGGCACGUGGAGGUGAUCAAGUGUUUAGUCGAAGCGGGGGCUGAUGUGAACGCUGUCGGUAAGCGCACUGUUGGUGGGCGAUACGGCGAAUCCGUUACCGUGCUUGCCGAAGCCUGCAGGCGCAAUAUUGUGGCGGUUGUGGAGGCGCUGCUAGAAGCCGGCGCGGAUGUCCACCGUUGCUGUUGCUUGAAGAGCCAAGAGGAGCCGCCCAUCAUGGUUGUGGCCCGCUCCGGCUCGGUGGACAUAGUUCGCGCGUAAGCCAAGCACGGGGCUAACGUCAGCGAGCAGGUGAAGGACGGCUGGACGG